CUUGAAUUACAUUUGUUUUGAUUUAGUAUUUUUGUUUACCAGUAACUAGCCUAGCAAUUUAUUUAAAUAAUUAUUUAUAUUUCAUUUAUUAAUUUAAUUAACAAUGAGUUGUAAAUUACCAUUAUUAUUAUUGAAUAUUUUAUUGUCAAUUUCAAAUAUUUAUUGUGGAAUUGAUGUAGAUAUCAAUGGAUAUAUCGCAUAUUGUCCUUGCAUGGGCCGGUUCGGUAAUCAAGCAGAUCAUUUUCUAGGAGCUCUAGGUUUUGCUAAAGCAAUAAAUCGCACGUUAAUUUUACCACCAUGGGUCGAAUAUCGCACUGGAGAAAUUGGAUCCAAGCAAAUACCUUUUGAUACCUACUUUAAUGUGACGGAAGUUAAAAAGUGUCACAAAGUUAUUUUAAUGGAGGAAUUCAUGAGAGAAUUGGCGCCGAUUAUCUGGCCGGCAUCUGAAAGAAUUUCAUUUUGUUAUUCGUCACGCGGCACCACGGAUUCAUGCAACGCCAAAGAAGGGAAUCCCUUCGGGCCAUUUUGGGACAACUUCAAAGUUGAUUUUGUUAAAUCGGAAUUUUAUGGACCCUUUCAUUAUGACGUUUAUCAUACCGACAUUGCGAGCAAGUGGAAAAAUAAAUAUCCAGCGGUGUCCUGGCCAGUGUUGGCAUUUACCGGAGCGCCAGCAAGUUUUCCAGUUCAAUUAGAAAAUAAAAGUCUUCAGAAAUGUGUCGUGUGGAAUGAUGACAUGUUGAGUAGAGCAAAAAGUUUUAUAAAAACGUCAUUGCCACCUGGUGCAUUUGUAGGAAUCCACCUGCGCAAUGGAAUUGACUGGGUACGCGCUUGUGAGUUCAUAACCAGCUCUCCGAACCUAUUUGCCGCGGCCCAGUGUCUUGGAUACCGGAAUGAACGCGGCAAAGCCACUGACUCCAUGUGCUUGCCGACACUGGACAUAAUUCUCCGACACUUGAAACGCGUAAUACGUAAUGGGAAAGACAUAAAAAGUGUUUUUGUAGCCUCGGACAGCAAUUAUAUGAUUGAAGACUUGACGAAUGCGCUGUCGAGGAUGAACAUCACUGUCCAUAGACAACCUGAACCGGCUUCUCCGCAUCUAGAUCUGGCUAUUCUAGGACGAUCAAAUUAUUUUAUUGGCAACUGUAUUUCCUCAUUCACGGCUUUCGUCGCUCGUGAACGGGACGUCAAAGGAUAUCCGACUUUCUUCUGGGGAUUUCCUCCAGAGCGACCUGCUACCACUACUCCACGGAUAGAGUUAUAAUUUAUUUAGUUUAAUUUUAGACUUUUUUAUGACUUGUGUAAUUAUUUAUUUUUUUCUU